CAACUCAACUAAACCAAAGAAAGCCAUUUUAGCAUUUUGCACAUCGUUUUACUUUCACUAAAUCAAGCCUAAACCCUGAAAAACUGGAGUACUCUGAAAAACUGUAACUCUAGCAGAAGAGAGACCGAAUCAGCUGAAGAAGCCAUGAAAAGAGCUCUUCUCAGAAAUGCUUCAGUCUACACUCGAAACUUUCUAUCUUCUCCUUCAAUUUCUUCCAAACAAAUCCCAUCAAUUCAAAAUGUAAUCUUACCCCCAAUUUCUCAUUCUUUUUCUCGCAGAUUUUUCUCUUCUGAUGGUGAUUCUUCUGACCAAAACCCUAAACCUUCUCCUCCUGAAAUCAGCUUGGUUCAACCCCAGGUUCAGGAUCCCACCACUGAUGUCGAAGAUGUCAGUAAUGAAGAGCUGAAAAUGAGGAUAGAAAAGUACAUGAAUGGUGAUGAAGAAGCGCUUUCAUCGGUCUUUGAAGCCAUAUUGGCGAGGAGGUUAAUAGGGAAGCAUGAAGAAACUGACGACGAAAUAACAGAGGAUCUCCGAUUCAGUCCAAUAGAUGAUGUAGUUGACGAAGAAGUUGAGUCGGAUUUUGAGGACGGUCAUAAAACAGAUGAUGAUAUUCCUGACUUGUACAAUGCCAAGGAUAUAGUUGUCAAAAGGAUGAUGGAGGAUGAAUAUUUUAACAUGGAUGACAAAAAGUGGAAUGCCAUCAUCAAGGAAGCAACUGAAAAAGGAUUUGCUAAGGACAUGAGGGAGUGUGAGGAGAUUUUGGAGGAUAUGCGCGAUUGGGACAAGCUCCUCCCAGACGACAUGAAGCAGAAAGUCCAAGCAAAGUUCGAUGAGUUGGGAGAUAAGUGUGAAAGACAGGAGCUUGAACCAGAGGAAGCAUAUCAGCACUUCAAGGAGUUUGAAGAUCAGAUUGUAGCUGAGUAUAUAGAGAAGGUGGAGGCAGAGGGAGCUCCACAAUCCGAUGAGGGGACUGAGCAGGUUGACAAAAAGAAGUCUGAUGAUCUACCAGGUGUGGGUCCAGUCCUUAGAUGGCAUACACGAGUGGUAUUUGCACCAGGUGGUGACGCUUGGCAUCCUAAAAACAGAAAGGUAAAAUUAUCAGUGACAGUGAAGGAGCUUGGACUUUCAAAAUAUCAGUUCCGUCGUUUGAGGGAAAUAGUAGGGAAACGAUACCAUCCUGGAAAAGACGAGCUAACAAUCAUAAGUGAGAGGUUUGAACAUCGUGAAGAGAAUAGGAAGGAUUGCCUGAGAACGUUGCUUAAUAUUAUUGAAGAUGCUGGUAAAGCUAAUGCAUUGGUAGAGGAGGCUCGAACGUCAUAUGUCAAACAAAGACUGAAAGCCAACCCAGCAUUUAUGGAAAGGCUUCAUGCUAAGACAAAGAAGGCCACAGCUGCUAUUCCUGCAUGAGUUUCUUUUCUGUAGAACACAGUUUUGCAAAGUUUUUCAUAGCCCUUUUGGUUGAGGCAGUGCACUUGACACAUCAAAUUGUUUUGGUAGCUUGAGGCAUUGAAGUGUGAACCUGAGUUUUUUGGUGUAGAUUGCUUUUUAAUAGAGGCAUAUGUAUGUCCGAUAUGCUAGUAGAUGUGCAGGCUUAGUUCAGGCUCAUCCUAGAAACAAUGGGAUCUUUAAUUUUGGUCCGUUGCCAUCUAAAUAACCGUGAUAAUAUGAUUUUAGGCUUGUAUUAUCCUUAUAAAGGACUAAGCUAAUACAAACUUGAGGCUAUACUUUACUUGACACAUCCAUUGUGGGAA